UGGGUCCAUGGGGAGGCCCUGGGGACAUUGGAGACACCAGGGGAGGUCUCGGGGUGCAAAGUGGGAAAUUGAGGACAGCAGGAGGGUCUUGGGGACACCAGAGGGGUCUCAGGACUCACCUGCUCAUGGUGCUGUCCCCCCGAGGCCCCAAUAAGGCCCCCAAAUGUCCCCUAACCCCCAUUUUUCAUUUAAUCACCUUUCCCCCCCAAUGCUCCCAAGACCCCUUUUAACUCCCCCAAAUGCACCCAGAGACCCCCAAAAUGCUUCAAAUCCCAAUCAAACCCCCAACAAAGAGGGAUCACCUGGCACCCUGGGACAGGAACACACUGGGCUGUACUGGGAGGGCACUGAGGGGGCACUGGGCUGUACUGGGAGAGCCCUCAUCCCCAAAGCCCCUCCCCUGGGCAUCCGUGCCACGGUCUGGGAACCACGGCGGGGUUGGAUCAAGGGGUGCACUUGGUGAUCUGGGAGGUCUUUUCCAAGCCGGCUGAUUCUGGGAUUCUCUGGGUGCCAUUGCCAGGGCAACACAUGCUGGAGGCUCUGUCCACAGGGGAUAGAUGUGUCUGUGCAGACAGAGAGACAAGGUCAGUCUGCAAAGAUGUGGGGUUAGAAAAGCAGGAGAAGUUGUGGGGUGGUUGUGGAAGGAGAAAGAAGCCCCCAGGCCAGUGCAAGCAGGCCCCUCUGGGCUUGCACAUCAUCUGCCCUCCCUGCAGGUUCCUGUGCUGGAGAGCAGGCCCUGAGGUGUCCCUGAGCAAUGGCCCGGAGGUGAGCCCAGAGGUGUCCCUGAGGUGGCCCUGAGAAGAAGUGGAAGGCAGAGGUGGUGCUGAGGCAGGAGAGCCCCGUGCUGGAGAAGAGGCUGAGCUGGGAGUGCCCAGCAGCGAGAAGGUGCUGUGUCCAUGCCCUGUGUGCCAGCAGGAUUUGUCCUUCCCAAAGCUUGGGCAGAUGGAGGAGGAGGCUACCAGGAAGCUGCCGCGAGCCCCCCAGGCAGGCCCCGAGCUGAGGACGGAGAGCAUGGAGGACAAAUCCCCCGGCAGAGCCUGGUGGGAGAGGCCGUUUUGAAGGGCUCCCCGGUGCAGGAAGGCAGCGGGGAGGAAAAGGCCCGGAGAUGCCCCCGGAGGAGGGGCUGCAAAGCCAGCCCAGGGAGUUCUGAGGAGGAAAGACCCGUCCUGUGCCAGGAAGGCGGCCGGAGCCUGAGCUGGAGCUCCGAGCUGGUGGUCCCUGAGCAGCCUCCCAGCAGGGAGAAGCCCUUCAGGUGCUUGGAAUGUGGGAAGAGCUUCAGGGACAGCUCCGACCUCCUCAGGAACCAGCACAUCCACACUGGGGCACGGCCCUACUCAUGUAUGGAAUGUGGGAAGAGCUUCAGGCACAGCUCCAACCUCCGCAUCCACCAGCGCAUCCACACUGGGGAACGGCCAUACGAGUGCUUGGAAUGUGGGAAGAGCUUCAGGGACAGCUCCAACCUGAUUAAGCACCAGAACAUCCACACUGGGGAACGGCCCUAUACGUGUGGGGAAUGUGGGAAGAGCUUCAGGAACAGCUCCCACCUGAUCCGACACCAGCUCAUCCACACCGGGGAACGGCCCUACAGGUGCUUGGACUGUGGGAAGAGCUUCAGGGACAGCUCCACCCUGAUCCAACACCAGAACAUCCACACUGGGGAACGGCCCCACACGUGUGGGGAAUGUGGGAAGAGGUUCAGGUACAGCUCCCACCUGAUCCGACACCAGCGUAUUCACACUGGGGAACGGCCCUACAGGUGCUUGGAAUGUUGGAAGAGGUUUCAAAGCAGCUCCAAUCUCCUCAAGCACCAGCGGACACACACAGAGGAGAGGCCCUUCCGCUGCACCCACUGCGGGAAGGGCUUCAAAUGGAACUCUCACCUUGUAAAUCACCGGCGCAUCCACACUGGGGAGAGGCCCUACAAGUGUGGGGAGUGUGGGAAGAGCUUCACUUGGAACUCUGCUUUGACCCUACACCAACGGACCCACCGGUAAGGAAAGCCCUACGAGUGCUCUGACUGCGGGAAGAGCUUUGGCCGCUGCUCCCACCCCGAAUGACCCCCCUGAUGGUGAGGCAACCCCUGGAGUCCAGUGACUGUCAGUCCAUCCCUUUCUACCAGAAAGAGCCAGUCCCCUCUGCCAGAGGCAGGUUGUGCCAACAGAACUCUUCUUGGGGGGUGUGUGGAGAUUCCUGCCUUGGCUGGGGACCCCCCAAGGUCAGUGCUGGAGGUUGAGAGCAGAGAUCUCCCCACAGCGUUGGUCUGGGGGAGUUCCAUCCCUCUCUAAUUCAUAAUUCUUGCUUUGGUGCCAGCUUGAGUAGAAUUGCUUCAACAACUGCUUUAGUGUAGAGCACUGUCCUAUCUUAUCCUGUACUAAUGGUAGUUUUAGUGUUUGUAUUUUGCAAUAAA